GGAAGACUGCCAGGGCCAAGAACUACUGACUCAACUCUUAAUUCUGACGCUCUGAGAACAGCUUCUGAGAGCCUGGAUCAGGUGACUUUUGAAGAGGCAACUGUGUCUUUCAAUGAGGAAGAGUGGGCCUUACUGGAUCCGGACCAAAGGGCCCUUCACAGGGAAGUCAUGGAGGAGAAUUUGGCAAUUCUGGUCUCUCUGGGCGGUGAUGGACAAGAGAGAGAGAAUGUAAGAGAACCAAAGAUGUAUUUAGACAAAAGAGCGCAGCGUCUCAUAUUACAACAUCAGGAGAAAAAAGAGAAGGGAAGUAAAAUCAACACUCAAGAAAAGCCAGUGAAUAAAGCUUCUGCUUCUCAAUCUGGAGAUUUCUGUGAAAGUUUUAUUGAAGAAAAAAGACAGAAAGGAGAGGAACAAAGUAAAUGUAUUUGUCUAGACUGUGGGAGGAGACCCAGUUGUAAAGAAAGCCUUGCCCUUCAAAGAGGAAUUAAUGUAGAUAGAAUUCACACACAAAAAAGAAAAAGUGAGUUCUCAGAGUGUGAAGAGACAUUAAGGUGGAGAUCAUAUCAAAGCCCUGAAAAAAUGAGUAGGAAGACAUACCUAUCUAGUCAUAAAGUAGAUCACACCGGAGAAAUACAAAUUAAAUGUGUGGGAUACGCAAACAGUUUCAGUAAAAAGAUAAAUCUCACUCAUCAUCAAAGAAAUCAUAUAGGAGAGAAGCCAUUUAAAUGCCUGGAAUGUGGAAAGAGUUUCAAUCAGAAGAUAAAUCACACUCAUCAUCAAAGAAAUUAUACAGGAAAAAAGGUAUUUAACUGCCUGGAAUGUGGAAAGAAAUUCAAUGGAAAGAGCAAUCUCACUAAUCAUCAAAGAAUUCAUACAGGAGAGAAACCGUUUAAAUGCCUGGAAUGUGGAAAGAGUUUCAUUCAGAAGACAGAUCUCACUAAUCAUCAAAGAAUUCAUACAGGAGAGAAGCCGUUUAAAUGCUUAGAAUGUGGAAAGGAAUUCACUUGGAAGACAGCUCUCACUCGUCAUCAAAGAAUUCAUACAGGAGAGAAGCCAUUUAAAUGCUUACAAUGUGGAAAGGAAUUCAGUCGGAAGAGAGUUCUCACUCAUCAUCAAAGAAUUCAUACAGGAGAGAAGCCGUUUAAAUGCCUGGAAUGUGGAAAGAAAUUCAAUGGAAAGAGCAAUCUCACUUAUCAUCAAAGGAUUCAUACAGGGGAGAAGCCGUUUAAAUGCUUAGAAUGUGGAAAGGAAUUCAGUCGGAAGAGAGAUCUCACUCGUCAUCAAAGAAUUCGUACAGGAGAAAAGCCGUUUAAAUGCCUGGAAUGAGGCAAGAAAUUCAGUGAGAAGAGAGAUUUCAUUCAUCAUCAAAACAUUCAUACAGUAUAAAAGCCACUUAAAUACUUGGACUGUGCAAAGAGUAUCAGCCAGAAGACAGGUCUCGCCAUCAGGUUUCCCACACAGGGAGAAAAGGACUUUGGGUCUUACCUGUGAUAUGUUCAUUUUCAGCGAUGUGGGUGGGAAUAUCCUAUAACAUGGGUUGAUUCCAUCUCUUGUUCUAAAAUUGAAGGAGUUGGUCAUAUUUUUUAUUUAUUAUUUUUGCUUAUUGGGAGUAACAAAAUAAUUUCCAUCCUUAUAAGCUGGCAUCCCACCAUUAUUUGGAACUCCAGCAGGGCCUGAAUCAGACAAUCCUUGUCAAUUGGUGCAACAACCACCAUUCAAAGGGGUUUGAACUUAAUUUGUAACAGGUGAUUUAUACGUGGUAUCUGUUUUUGUAUAUAGCUAGAGCAGGGUCGGCAACC